AUCGGAAAUCAAAGCACUCGAGGUUUUUUUGCCUCCCGUGUUACCUUAACGUCGGUAGAAGGUGGCAUAGUGCGCUUGAUAAGCACCGGCAUACGGGUGGAAACGUAGAGCUGGACAACAGGCGCAAAGGAACGUAUCCCACGAUGCGGACUUUAUACCUCCUAGUGUGUCUGUGCAUCGUCACUGCCAAGGCGGAACACGACGGAACAGCGGAAUAUACGAGAGACGAAAAAGGAGAUGAUGUAUCCCCGUCCCCUACGCCAGGCAAACCUGCAUUCACGACGCCAGACGAAAAAGAAAAUGAUGUAUCGCCGACCCCUGCGCCAAGCAAACCCGCAUUCACGACGCCAGUUUAUAUUUCAGACGAAAAAGGAGAUGAUGUAUCGCCGCCCCUUAGGCCAGGCCAACCUGCAUUCACGACGCCAGUUUAUAUUUCAGACGAAAAAGGAGAUGAUGUAUCGCCGCCCCUUAGGCCAGGCCAACCUGCAUUCACGACGCCAGACGAAAAAGGAGAUGAUGUAUCGCCGUCCCCUACGCCAGGCAAGCCUGCAUUCACGACGCCAGACGAAAAAGGAGAUGAUGUAUCGCCGCCCCUUAGGCCAGGCCAACCUGCAUUCACGACGCCAGUAUAUCGUUACAAUGCUAUUUCUCUUGCGGCUUGA